UAUAACUUACAAUCAUGCUCUCAUCACAAAAUACUGAUUAUGCAAGAAACAAGUUUGUAGUAAAAUGUACCUUAAACUUAUACUUUAAUGCCUAUAUUCCAGCUACACGAGUUAGGUAAGCUCUGUGGUCUCUUACCAGGUUCACCAGAGCCUAGUUCAGAGCAAUUGCAUCUAGUGGUAAUGUUAUCAGCCGGUAUGGGAGACAGCGAGCCGAAUAACCAGCAUCCAACGCCUACGGAUAGGUUAAAGGAAGCCUUAUGCAGUAAGACUAGCUUCCAACAGUACUAUUUGGAAUUGGCAGAAUUGGCUAUGGGGACAUACAAGCACAUUGGAAGGUUAAGAUUUGCGCGCUUAAUCGGCCGCGACUUAGCGUCCUUCUAUUCGGAGUUAGGCGAGACCGGCAAAGCUGUGGUGUUUCUAAUGGAUGCAUUGCGUUCGUACGAGGAACAAGGAUGGAGAGAUCUUGCCGCUCAAACUAGAUUAGAACUAGUGGCGGCGGCGAAGAAGAUGGGAGACGUGGAUAGAUACACAAAGCUCUCUGCAACAAUAGCUUGUACAGCCGAAUUAGAAAUCCUAGUCAGAAACUUCUAUUUCGAGGAGAUGACGAAGUCCAUAAAGGUGGACUUGCGAGACAAAACGGACUCAGUGCUCGCCGAGCUCAACGAAUGCUUCAAAAUAAUCUCAGCGACCCUCGUGCCGUCCGACCGUGGAGUUUAUAUAACAGAGAAUAAAGUCCAAUGUUGCUUGUUAGUCGAAAGUUUCUUCCCUAAAGAGGUCACUUGCAAUCGUGCAGCGAUCAGCAUAGAAAUCUGCAAAGACGAAAAGCAAGAAAAACGGACGCCAGUUAAAAGCUAUAAGACUGAUUUAAAUGUUAAUGGUAGUUUAAGUACGCAGACUAAUUUGCAAAGAAAAACUUCUGAUGUAUCUACGGAUAACGAAAUUUCUACUUUAAUUAGCAGCAUAAGACUAGACGAUUUAAAACCUAAGAAUCUUCUAUUGAACCCUUUACACAUAACAUCGAAAUUGCUUUACAAAGAAGACAAAACCCUCCAGAAAGCGACAAUAGAGUGCGUUAAUCCGAAGGUCACUCUAAAACGGUCAGACAGCGCCAAGUACAGGAAACCGUCUGCUUCAAUGCGGAACAACUAUCAAACUUGUUUAGUGCAAGAGCACUUAACGAUAAAACCUGGGGUCAACGAAUUGUGUCUCGAAUUCAUGGCUGAUAAGUGCGGUACGUUCAAGAUUGGCCAGGUAUCUUUGCUUAUUGAGGGGAAAUUGGAAUUCCUCUCCAAUGUUCUAAUAGGUACCAAGAUGGGAUUCGAAGUGGUCACCCAAGGUGUGAACGUAUACCUGAAUAAGGUUGAGCCAAAGAAGGAUUUAGUUGCUGGCUUGGAACAUGAUAUGGAGUUGGUUGUUGCCAGUGGAAGCUCCCAAAUAAAAGAGAAUACGUCUAUAGUGUUGAAGACUUCAGCAGGAUUGCUUAUACGAUUUGCGGAAGAUUCCAAUAUGACUAGGGAGCUCAGUAUACCUGUGCCGCCGAGUAAACCAUUUGAUACUAUUAAAGUACCAUUGAAACUAUUCGCUAGUUUACAACCUAAGAGGGAGAAGAGUAUAGAGCAUACUGUAUGGUUAAACUGUCCGUGGUGGGAGAACGCUACAGAAGUGCCCCUACACUUCUCGCCUCCGAUGUUGGCAACAUGGCGACUGCUGACCUCGAACACGAGGAAAUUCGUUCACGUAACACUCAAGUGUACUGUAGCCCAUCCCAUACAGUUCGUACUCACUUUACCGAAGCUAGAGUGCGACGGUAGUAAUAACGUGUCCGAUUUGAAUCCCAAGAACGCGGGAGAUAUGGUAAGUUGUAUUUUGCCUUAUUUUUGUUUUUUAACUUUAAAUGGAAUUGAAUUUGCUUUUGUUGAACAUGCUAUUUUGAUCGUGCAAUUUCAAAUGAUAAAUGUAAAAUAUGGCACUUAAGCUAUAAAAGCUAAAAAAAAGUGUACCGAAGUUAGCAGGGGAUUUAAUGCAAAAACCAUUUGUUUGUUCUGUUCUUGCUUUCAAGCAUGUAGUCAAUUUGCA